AGUAUAAAUUAGAACUAAAAUAUAAAUUUUAGUAUAUAUAUUAUUCUCAUAAAUAGUCUAUGACCAAAAUUAUGAUGAAUAAUAUAGAAGUGCGUAUAUGUAUAAUAAAUUUGGACAUAAAUAAACUUUUGAUAUUUAUAUAUUAAUGCUCUUUUUUUAAGGGAAACCUAUUUGUGUAAUAAUUAUUAACAUUGUGUAUAUAUAAUAAAUCGAACAUGAUCCUUUUCUUUUUUGCCAACAAUCGAAUAUGCUUCUUAAAGUUGUAUUUUGUGAAUACUAUGAUUUACGAUAAAAUUUAUGUUCUACGUUGAUAUUGAUUUAUUGAUGCCUUGCCCCCAGCCGAUGAGAAUUCAGUUUAUUGGGGAAAAUCCAGAAAGCUCACAAAUGGACUCGUGUCAUUGCCCGUAAAGAAAAGCACGGGCACAGGUUGAUGCUAUUGUAUUUUCAGAAUUUAUAGUGACAAAUUUUGACGGCCGUUGCUUCGUCACGUGGUAGAGGAUAUGCUUUACUUGCUUUACUUGCUUAGUGUCUAGCGAUACUGACGUCCCAGGUUUAAUCAUAAUGGGUCCCGGACAGUAUCAACAGUGAGAUGCCUGUGACUAUGAUUAUCCGCAUUUUACAUGGAUUUGCACAUAUUAGAGACUUUGGGGAUGAGUUUGGAAUCUGAAGGUUGGCGAGUUUGAAGCUGAGCUUGGCGAGAUGAUCGGCUGCUUGGGUCCUUAUCCCAUCGUUGCUACUGGCUCUUUAUCACCUUCCUUAAGCAAGUCCUGCAACGAGACCUUUAGAAAUAAGCAGUUUCUUGCCAAACAACAGUCAGUUUGUCUGACAUCCGUCUUCAAAAAUCACCAAGGAUGCAAUGGAUCCUACUUUCCGUCAAAAAGAUCAAUAUCCAAGAGGUUCCAAGAUAUCAACUGUUUUGACCGAUGACAAGUCAACAAUGUCAUCCUUUGAGGAUGACGCAGAGAAUAUUGGCAUCUUUCGCAUUGAUCCAGGCCUAGAACCAUAUAAAGAUCACUUCAGAUAUAGAGUGAAGAGAUAUGUAGAGCAGAAAAAGCUUAUUGAAAAACACGAAGGAGGCCUUGAGGAAUUUGCAAAAGGUUAUUUGAAAUUUGGGUUCAAUAGAGAAGAGAAUGGUAUUAUAUACCGUGAGUGGGCACCUGCUGCUCAGGAAGCACAAUUAAUUGGGGACUUCAAUGGAUGGGAUGGAUCCAACCACAGGAUGGAAAAAAAUCAGUUUGGUGUUUGGAGUAUAAAGAUUCAUGAUUGCGAUGGGAAUCCAGCAAUACCUCAUAAUUCAAGAGUCAAAUUUCGAUUCAAACAUGGUGAUGGAGUUUGGGUUGAUCGCAUCCCUGCCUGGAUUAAAUAUGCUACUGUUGAUCCUACAAGGUUUGCUGCCCCAUAUGAUGGCGUCUAUUGGGAUCCAGCACCUUUAGAGAGGUAUCAGUUCAAAUAUCCUCGGCCACCAAAGCCCAGUGCCCCACGGAUAUAUGAAGCCCAUGUAGGAAUGAGCAGCUCCGAAUCCCGAAUAAAUUCUUACCGAGAAUUUGCAGAUGAUAUUUUGCCCCGUAUUCAAGCAAAUAACUAUAACACAGUCCAGUUGAUGGCUGUGAUGGAGCACUCCUAUUAUGCAUCCUUUGGCUAUCAUGUAACAAAUUUUUUUGCUGUAAGCAGUAGAUCUGGAACCCCUGAAGAUCUUAAAUAUCUAAUAGAUAAGGCCCAUAGCCUAGGUUUACGGGUUUUGAUGGAUGUUGUCCAUAGUCAUGCCAGUAUUAAUGUUAUUGAUGGACUCAAUGGCUUUGAUGUUGGCCAAGGUUCCCAGGAUUCUUACUUCCACAGUGGAGAAAGAGGCUAUCAUAAAUUGUGGGAUAGUAGACUCUUUAAGUAUGACAAUUGGGAAGUUCUUCGUUUUCUUUUAUCUAAUUUGCAGUGGUGGAUUGAGGAGUUCAAAUUUGAUGGGUUUCGGUUUGAUGGAGUAACAUCGAUGCUGUAUCAUCACCAUGGAAUCAAUAUGACUUUUACAGGGAAUUACAGUGAAUAUUUUAGUGAGGCAACAGAAAUGGAUGCAGUUGUCUAUUUGAUGCUGGCUAAUUGUUUGAUCCAUAAUAUUUUACCAGAUGCAACUGUCAUAGCUGAAGACGUUUCUGGCAUGCCUGGACUUGGUCUACCUGUUUCAGAGGGAGGCAUUGGUUUUGAUUAUCGUCUGGCUAUGGCCAUCCCAGACAAGUGGAUUGACUACCUGAAGAACAAGAAAGAUGAUGAAUGGUCUAUGAAGGACAUCUGUUGGAGUUUGACAAACAGGAGAUACACUGAGAAAUGUGUAUCAUAUGCAGAAAGUCACGACCAGGCCAUCGUGGGGGACAAGACUAUGGCAUUUUUGCUUAUGGAUAAAGAAAUGUAUUCUGGCAUGUCUUGCUUGACAGAUGCUUCUCAUACAAUUGAGCGAGGGAUUGCUCUUCACAAGAUGAUACACUUCUUAACCAUGGCAUUAGGUGGGGAAGGCUACCUUAAUUUCAUGGGCAAUGAGUUUGGCCAUCCGGAAUGGAUUGAUUUCCCUAGAGAAGGCAAUGGAUGGAGUUAUGAGAGAUGUCGUCGACAGUGGAAUUUGGUGGAUACUGACCACUUGAGAUAUAAGUUCAUGAAUGCAUUCGACAGAGCUAUGAACUUGCUGGAUGACAAAUUUUCAUUCCUCUCAUCAACAAAACAAAUUGUGAGCAGCACAAAUGAAGAAGAAAAGGUUAUAGUCUUUGAGCGAGGUGAUUUGGUAUUUGUGUUCAAUUUUCAUCCGGAGAAUACUUAUGAAGGGUAUAAAGUUGGAUGUGACUUGCCCGGGAAAUAUAGAGUUGCUCUCGAUAGUGAUGCUUGGGAAUUCGGAGGACAUGGAAGAGUGGGGCAUGAUGUUGACCACUUUACAUCCCCAGAAGGAAUUCCAGGAGUUCCUGAAACAAAUUUCAACAAUCGUCCCAAUUCUUUCAAAAUCCUCUCCCCUUCUCGUGCUUGCGUGGUAUAUUAUAGAGUGGAAGAGAGCCAAGAAGAAGACAAUAACAGCACUUUGGUCGGUGUUAAAGACGCAUAUGCUGCAUCAGACAUUGCCAAAAAUCCUGAAGGAUACGUGGAAAGUGAAGUUAGUAAUUUGACUGGGGUAGAAGAGACAUUAGAUGAUGCGGCAACUGUUGUGGAGAUUACUGAAGAACAAGCUUAUACAGGAAGUGAGGGUUCUAAAGGCAAAACAGAAGACGCAAAAAUUCCAUCAGAUGUUGCCAAAAAUCUAGAAGGAUCGGCUUUCGUGGAAAAUGAAGUUAGUGGUUUGAUUGAAGUGAAAGAGACGGCAGCUGGAUCAGACAUUAGAGAGAUUCCUUAAGACCUGUCUUCAGUAGGUAGUGAGGUUGCUUCAUGCAAAACAGAAGACGCAGGAGUAGGCAAAAAAUGGUGAAGGAACGUUGCAUAACUGAGAACCUAUAUCCGUUGUAAAUAUUAGCAGUGUUUGGCUUUCUACUAGUGCACAUGAAGGAUUGGCGGGUUUUUGGGUGGUUUAAAGGGAGCUAGAUGUAGAUCUGGAGAAACCUUUGCCUCUUUGACACUUGAUGUGGAAUUAGACAACUUAUCGUUUAGAGAUAGAGGGUGUAUCUAAUGAACGCAGAUAGAUUGUUGCUUCAUUCAAUAAAGGAGGCGCAGACUUGUUAUUUUUU